GACUCAGUGAUUUCAUGUUUAAACGGUUUGUAUAUUAACAAACGAUAGAUUUAAUUUAGGAUGCAUCCGAUGACGUGUCCAAUUUACAGCAAUAUCAUCGACGCGAGAUUUAGCCCUGUGAACGAAAUCGCGUUGACUCUACAGUUCCUGUCAACAUUUAUAGUGAGUUCGUCUAUCGUCGGUGCUUGUAGUCUAGCUGCCGCCUUCGCAAUGCACGCCUGUGGUCAAUUGAACGUGCUAUACAUAUGGCUACAAGAACUCGUAGAAAACCAGAAGGGAAAUCAUACAGCCGAACGAAAACUAGCUAUUGUCGUGGAGCAUCAUCUUAGAGUACUGAGUUUUUUAACACGCGUAGAAAGUAUUAUGAAUAAGGUCCUCUUGUGGAACUGA